UCUUCUUUGCUCAAAGCUUAUUAAGUUUUCUCAGUACUUCGUUGUCUAUGGAUCCGAACGGAAGCGCGUUGAUUUCGUACAUUGCCAUGUUUGAAUUAUCGCAACGACAUGUGGAAUAUAUUUACUUUUACUAUCACUACAAAUAUUGAGUAAUGCAAUUAUUUAACUCUUAAUCGUAAUAAUUGGUUAAUUUUAUUUCCGAGAUAUUAAUUCAAAAAGCGAGUGAAUAAGAAAAGAAAUAUAAUAAAUAACAUUCAUAAAUCUACACCAUCAAUUCUGAAGAUAUACCUAGGUAUCAUUGGAUUAUUUACUAAGAUGGAAACUUUCUAUUCACAUCACCUGCACACUUUUAUUCCUCCAGUAAAUUCUUCUAGUUUGACUUUCAGUAAUCAAUGGGGCUCGCAAGGAAGUGUAAUAGCUCUUGGAGUUGUUCUUGGAAGUUCUAUUAGUUUGGUUGGACUAGCUUUUGCAUUUAUCACAUACAGUUUAUUUUCAGAUUUACGUUCACUUGCUGGAACGGCCCUCCUUAGCCUUUUGGCUACUUUAUUUAUGGCACAGCUUUUGUUCGUUAUUGGAGUUGGGGGCAUACAGGACCCUGAACUUUGCGUUUCUUUAUCGCUCGCAUUUCUGUUCAUGAAAUUAUCAUCACUAUGUUGGAUGGCUUGUUGUUGCCAUCAGGCACUUAGAACUUUCCGACAUAGCGUUAAUUUGAUCUUUCGACCGGAACCUAAUAUGUGCCGUCUACUCACAGAAUACAAUUGUUUUUCAUGGGGAUUUCCUCUUCUUAUGGUAGGGAUUGCAGUUGCAUUUAAAUGCAAUGAAACGUCAACUCCAAAACAAUCGUUUCAAAAAACAGACAACGUUAGAACUUCUCAAGAUGAAUUUAAAGCAAGACAUUGUUGGAUAAUGGAUGGUCAAGCAUAUAUUUGGGCUUACAUGGUACCAGCAAUAUUCAUUCUUUUUAUUGGAUUCCAUUUGGCAUAUCAGGCAAAGCAUACGGCGAAAAUAUCCGCACAAAUGCAAGUUGACGUAAAAACCAGACGUAAACUAAUCAAACGAAGACUUUUACAAUGUGGCUUAUUUAUUAGGAUAUUGUUUUUAUUUACCAUUGUUAACAUAUUUGGUACACUGGCGGCCUUAAUAGGUAUAAUAGAACUUUGGGCUGUAUACUUUGUUGCGCAAGGAGUACAGGGAAUAGUUACUACUUUAUUGGUUACCUGUAACUGUCGCAUUCUAAAGUUAUACACAUCUUCGAGAGGCCCUAAAAUUCAGCAAGGAAUGUAUAAUAAUUUGAGAGAUGGCGAAGGUGGUAGAUAUGGAAUUCUCACCGUUACAAAUCCAAACUAUCGCGAAGAUGGAGAUCUGCCAGCAACUAUAGAUGGGACUGUUACAAACCAUAGCAAUGGAGAUGGUGACGAUACAGAUAGAGAUGAUACUUUUAUGUGUGCCCGUUAUGAAGAACAAGCUUUUGUUGAUAGGCAGAUGUCUAGAAAAGACAUUCUCAAGGCGGGGAACUCCAACAGUGAACUAACAGAUUCACUGCCUACUAACACUAUACAAUUAACACCUUUGCCUCAAACAGUCUAA